UGGGCGGGGCUGACACUGCGAGCCAGACUCCUGAGUCUCCCAGGAAAGAGGCAGCUGGGGGGCCCAUCUUAGGUCUGAAGGAGAAGUGGGCCUAAAACAGCCGAGUCCUGAAGGAGGAGAGCACUGAGGGCCUAGACUUCUGAGGAUCUAUCCAAGGGGGUGAUGGAGGUUUCGAUUUCUGGGCCCUGGGCCGAGAGGGGACAGUAUUACUGUGUCCUGGGGGAAGAGGGGACUGGGGUCCCGGUCCCCAGGGAGGGAAGAUCUGUUGGUAAGAGCGACCAUAGGUGGGCUCAAAUUUCUCCCUUUCCCCCACAUCACCUUCUUUUUCAGAGGGCAGUUCUCAUUGAUUCAUCAUCAUUAAAAAUGAUUUAUCACUGCAAGAGAGGUACUUUGCUGGGCGCUGUGGUAUAGCUGUGAACUAAGCAGCCAGGAAUUCCCAGCCCUCAAGCCAACUGACAUUCCUGGGGAGGCUCAUUCUCGGUUCCCAUCUCAGUGAUCAUGUUAAUCAUUUCUCCCGGGUUCUCAGGGCUUCUGCUCUCCUGGUUCCCUUCCCUCACAUGCUGUCGCUUCCCUGGCUGUUUCCGCCUCUUCACCCAUUCUUGGGGGCCAGGGGCACUCCUCUGUCUGUACUCACUUCCUUGGUGACCUCAUCCAGUCUCGUGGCUUUAAAUACCAUCCAUAAGCCAUCAACCUGAAAAUUUACAUUUCCAGACCAGAUUUAUCCCCUGAAUUCAUAGAUGCAGCUGUGGUCAUUCAGUUCCACGAGGAAUCUGUCAGGCAUUUCCAACUCAGUGUCCCCAGACCUUGACACUUUCCCCUAAACCUGCUUCCCCUCAUUUGCCAUCUCUGUCGAAGGAUGCCCCAACUUUUCAGUUGCUCAGUCCGGAAGUUUUGGUCAUCCUGAAUCCCUCUGUCUCUCACACACCCAUACCUACAUGGUCAACAGAUUUUGUUGGUUCUACUUCCAGAAUCUUUCCAUCUCUCCAGUGCCCACAACCUGGUCCAUCUGUCACCUCCCACCUGGACAAACAUAGCAGCCUCCCUGGUCUCUGACCCUACCCCCAAAGGCAGUCACAGGGACUCACCACUUCUACCCCUCCCACACACACAGGAAGCAGGUGGCCUUGUCACCAGCAGGGUGAUAUCCGCUAUUGCUUGCUUCUCUACUCCCCCACUGUUCCUCAGGACUUCUCUGGACCAAAGCCUUUUGCCAGACCCCUUCUAGCCCCUACCCACCAUGGCCCCUUCAAGUGACAUCCUGUUCCUGCUUUUGCUCCCAGUGGCUGCGGCUCUGACAACCCCAGGUUCCUGUUCCGGAUGUGGGCCCCCCUCCCUGCCGAUGCUGGUAGGCCUCAUGGCCGCCGAUUUGGUGGUGUCGCUGCUGAUCGUUGCCGUGGUGUUUGUGUGUGCUUGCCCCCGCCGCAGGCCCACCCAAGAUGACAAAAUCUACAUGAACAUGCCUGGCAGGGGCUGACCCCCUUGUAAGUGACACCUUUGACUUCUGACCCUCUCAUCCUGCAUUGUGUGUGGUGGCACAGGAUACCCACUCCCGACUUGGGUUGGAAUAAAGCAACUGAAAUACCUCUA